UACAAUCUCAAAUAUACAUUUGCUUUUUCUUAUAAAUUUUAUUAACACCUUGAAAAGAACAAAGCUCCAAGUUUCUGUAAAAAUGGAAAAUGUCAAGCAUAUUUAAUGGAAUCCACUCUUUAAAUACAUAUCUUAACCACUGUUAAAACUUAUAAGACUCCAAGCAUACACCUGUACUCAAAGAAGUGAAGAACCUUGAAACUUUUCAAAACCUUGAACUUAAUGCCACUUCCUCUGCCUGGCUCCUUCCUCUCACCAUCCUAGGGUUUACACAGAGGUUGUCACAAAGGUUCUUUAAAUGGAGGAUGCAAUGGAUGAUUUAAAACUGGUUGACAUCAAGAAAGAGAGUUUGCAUAAAUGUCUCGAUCAACUGCAUGCACAAGCCUCUUCAAUUCUUUCAUUCACUCUUGAAUGGAAAGAUUUGGAGGCUCAUUGUGAAUCCUCGAAGGCUUUUUUUUUAAGGAAAAUAGAAGAACUUGCCUUGCUUGAGAAGAAAAAUGUUGAAAUGCUGAAAGUGGUUGAGGAACGUGAGGAGAAGUUUGAAAUUAAGGCCAAAAAAUAUGAGGAGUGUAUUUCUGAGCUGCAAAAUAAGGAAAAACAGUUGGGUUUGGUGAAAAAUUGGAUUCAAGAAUGUGAUUUGGAGUUGAAAACUCGGCGGGAGGAAUUAAAUAUGGUUCGACAAGAGGUUGAGGAUUGUAAUGUGGUGCUCAGUGUGAAAAAAGAGGAAUUGCGGCUGGUGCAGACACAGAUUGAAUCGAAGGAGAGGAAUUUGGGUUCGUUGGAAAAGUUACUUGAAGACCAUUGUAGGGAGAUUUUUGAGAAAGAUGAGAAAUUGGGAUCUUUACAGAAGUCGGUCGAGGAACGUUUGAAGGAGCUUGAAUUCAAUGAGAAGGAGGUAGAAAGGGUGAGAAAGUUGAUAGCGAAUUGUGACCGUGAUCUUGAGUUCAAACAGAAGGAGUUACGAAAUGUCAGGAACUUGAUCAAUGAUUGUAAUAAGGAGCUGUCGUCAAAGGAGAUGGAUUUGAAAAUGUUGCAUGUGAGGAGUUCUGCUAAAUUUGUUUCAAAGAAGGACGAACUAGAUGGAAUAAAAAAAUCCAUUGAGUGCUCGAAGGAGCUUGAUUUGAAAAAGAAGGAGCUGGACAGAACUAAAGAUUUGAUCCAGGAAUGCGUAAAAGAGCUUGAUUCUGAAGAGAGGGAACUGAGUCUAAUAAAGAAAUCAAUUGGGGAGAGCUCAAAAGAUUUUGAUUCGAGACAGAACCAUCUUGGAUCAAUCAGUGUGUUGAUUGAUGAAUAUACAGAAGAACUUGAAGCCAAAGAGAAGCAACAUGAUGCAGUGAAGAAGUCUAUCAAUGUGCGCUCUGCAGAGCUCAAAUCAAAAGAAACAAAGUUGAGGUCGAUUGAAGAUUCUAUCAAAGAGCUCUCAGCACAGCUUCAACAAAAAGAGGAGAAAUUGGAUUCAGCUCGACAACAUGUGAAACAUUGUGCCAGAAAAAUUGAAUCAAAAGAGGAGGAGCUCAAUAAAAUCAAAGGAAGAAUGAACACAUAUGAUAAAGAGCUUGAAUCGAGAGAGAGGGAGUUUAAUGCCAUUCAACUGUCCAUUGAAUACCGAAGUGAGGAACUUAAAGGGAAGGAGAGGCAACUGAAAUCAGUCCAACUAUCGAUAGGAGAAUGUGAGAAGGAGCUGAAAGCAAUGAAGGAGCAGAAAAAUUCCAUCCAAAAAUUAAUUUUAGAAUGCUCUGAGGAGCUCCAAUCAAAAGAGAAGAACCUAAUUUUGGCAAGAGAAUCUCUCAGAGAAUGCUGUGAUGAUCUCGAAUUGAAGAAGGUGCAGCUGGAUUCAAUUCAAAGAUCUUCCCAUGAGUCGAACAAAAAGUCUGAAGAAAAAGAGAAACAUCUCAAUUCACUGGAAAAAACAUUAGACGAACGCUUGGAAAAUCUUGGAGUGAAGGAGAUGCAGUUCGAAGAACGUGUCAAUGAGAUUGAUUUGAAAGAGCAACAAUUGCGUUUAAUGCAACAAUCAGUUGAAAAAUACCGUAAAGAAGUGGAGUUGAAAGAGCAGCAAUUAGGUAGCAACAUCCUUUCUUCGCAUGCAAGGGUUGACCAAACUGAAAAUGUUAGAAAUCCAAAACAUGCUUCAUCUUCAACUUUCCAAUUUAAUGCCACCACUAGCGAGAGGAGUUCACCAGGGGUAAAUGUGUGUGUAAGCGAACAUGAUCUGAUGCACCAGGGAGUUUCAGCUGAACCAGCAACGGUGGUUUUGGAUAUUGUCCAGAAUUGGAAGAAAGGAGUUGCAGGAUUUGAUGCAAAUGUGAACAGGGAUAAUGUUGUUCUGUUUGAGCAGCUAAUGAAAGUCUCGCCAAAAAUAAGUCCUCAGGUGAAAGAAGCUGCAACAAAGCUGGCAGUUCUAUGGGAAAAAAAAUAUAAGAUUGGAGACCGAGGAUUCUAUGGAGGUUUUGAUGUUUUUGCUGUUUUUGGCUGUGUAUGGAUUGGUUUCUUGUUUGCUCCUGAAAUAUUCAAGGCCCUCGGUUUUGCAGAUAAAGAUCUGGCUCCGGCUUUUAUUGAGAAUCUUAUUGAAGAGAAGCAAUAUGUGGCUGCUGCUAGAUUUAGUCUUGCAUUUGAGCUUGUCAGCAGAUAUCCACCAGAAGUCAUCUUGGGAAAAGGCGUGGAUGCAAUGAAUGGUGCCUUGGCCUCCACGGGAAGAAAUAAUUCAAAUGAAGCACAGUGCAAGGCCAUUGACAAAGCAAUAUCUGCUCUAAGUUCUAUUUUGGAACUUGUAGCAGAUUACAAAUAUGAAUCCAAAUAUGUGACUGAGGACAUUAUUCGUUCCAUUUCUUACCUGAAAAAGAAAAGGGAAGGCUGGACACGCUCUCUGCAAGCUCCUAACUCCGUGGAUCAACCACAACCGCAAGGCAGAAACUAUCAAACAGCUGGCAUUUCUUGCCCUGCUGAUCAGCCAACUUCUGCUCGCGUUGUCCAACCACAGCUACUGAAUCCAAACCUCUGGAAUCAACUGCAACAACAAGAUAUGCGUUUUAGGUCUGAUUUUCUGGUUGAUAUUCCUGGAGUAAGGAAUCAGUCGGCUUUUGCUCCCAUUAUGCAACCACAUCUACACAACUCAAACUUCCUGGACCAAGAACAACUGCAAAAUAACAAUAAGCGUCCAAGGAUAGAUCUGUUAGCUGAUAGACCACAAGUUACUCAAGAUGUUGCAGCUUAUGGAGGUGCAACUCAGUUUUUCACUGCUACAAACCACUUUGGAGCCUCAGACUUGAAUGCUCAACAAUCAAAUAUUCCUGUCGCUUUAUCCUUUCCCUCAUGGCCUCCCUCUAACAGGUUUCCGUCUCCUUUGCUGACUCCUGGAAACCGACGCCAAAGAGGAAAAUUUUUACUUAUAAAAACCCUAAAAGAAAGCAAAUAUCUUCCCGUCUCCUUCGCUUUUUUCUUUCUUUCAACAAUGGAGGACAAAGUUUCGAACGAGUUGAAAAACAGUGAGUUAAAGCAAGAAAUAGUACGCAAAACUAUGAACGAACUUCAAGAAAAAGCUUCUUCUGUUCUGUUACUUUGUUUACAAUGGAAGGAAUUGGAGGAUCACUUUGAAUCCAUCAGGGGUUUGAUCCAGGCGGAGAAGGAAGAGGUUGAGAGGAAGGAGAGAGUGGUUAGGGAGAGGGAGAGGGAAGUCGGAGUGAAAGAGAAGAGAGUGGAGGUGUUGGUUAAUGAAGUUACGUUGAAAGAUCAGGACUUUAAGGAUUGGAGAAGAGAGCUCGAGUUGAAAGAAAUAAAUUUUGGGCAGAAAGUCAGAGAAAGGUAUGAUGACAUUGAGUUGAAGGAGAAGAAAGUCAAGGAAGACUUCAGAGAAGUUGCAUUGAGAGAAGAGAGGGUGGAGAAGAGAUUUAAAGAGGCUGAAGAGAAGGAGAGGAGGGUUGGAGAGUUGUUUAAGGAAGUUAGGGUGAAAGAUGACGAGUUUAGGGAAUGGAGAAAAGGGGCUGAGUUGAAGGAGAAGGAACUUGAGCUGAAAGGUAGGGAGGUUGAGGAGAGGAUUAAAGAGAUUGGAUUGAAAGAUAGGAAGGUUGAGGAGAGUCUUAAAGAGCUUGGAUUCAAAGAUAGGAAGGUUGAGGAGAGGAUUAAAGAGAUUGGAUUGAAAGAUAGGAAGGUUGAGGAGAGGCUUAAAGAGCUUGGAUUCAAAGAUAGGAAGGUUGAGGAGAGGCUUAAAGAGGUUGGAUUGAAAGAUAAGAAGGUUGAGGAGAGGCUUAAAGAGGUUGGAUUGAAAGAUAGGAAGGCUGAGCAGAGGCUUAAAGAUCUUGGAUUGAAAGGCAGGGAGGUUGAGGAGAGGGUUAAAGAGAUUGCAUUGAUGGAGAAGAAUGUUGGCAAAAGGAGCGAGGAAGUUGAAUUGAAUAGGAGGAAAUUAGAGGAAGGAUUUAGAGAACUUGAGUUGAAAAGUAGGGAGGUUGAGGAGAUAAUUAAAGGGGUUGAGUUGAAGGAGAAGGAAUUGGAGGAACGGUGUAGGGGGUUUGAUUUGAAAGGGAAGCAAAUUGAAGAGGUUCAGUUGAAGGAGAAGGAACUAGAAGAGAGGUUACGGGAAGUUGAAUUCGAAAAUAAGAAGUGCUUGGAGCGAAUUAAGGAGUUUGAGUUGAAGGAGAAACAAGUUGCUGAUGCUUGUAAUGCCCGUGUUAAGUCGGAGACAGUAGAUUAUUCUAUAGAUGCUAACCUACAUUUUUCAGUGAAAAUGGAUGGAAAGGCAUUGCAAAUUUUAUUAAAUAAGCGUUGUAAACAUGAUGAGAAGAUGAAGAAUGAGGUAUCUAUUGCUUUGGGACUUUCCUCGGAUCCUGCAAAGCUGGUUUUGGAUGCAAUGGAAGGGUUUCACCCACCCCAUUUGAGGGAGGGUGAUGUGGAGUUCAAAGAGGUUGUUGUGAAAAGAAGUUGCAAUCUUUUGCUUGAGCAAUUAACGAAAAUAUCCCCAACAAUCAAACCCCAUGUGAGAAAAGAAGCAACGAAACUUGCCUUUCUUUGGAUGAUAAUGAUGACAGUGGAUGGUCAACACAAUUUGGAUGUUUUGAGUUUUUUUAAUCUCUUGGCUGCUUAUGGACUGGCCUCUGCUUUUGAUUCAGAUGAGCUCAUAAGCCGUUUGGUGAUUAUUGCUCGAAAUAAGCAGACUCCUGAAUUCUUGCGUGUCCUUGAACUAGGAGAUAAAAUUCCUGGUUUUAUUCAAAAUCUAAUCUUAAAGAAUCAGCCAAUGGAAGCUAUCAGAUUCAUUUAUGCAUUUGAGAUGGUUAAUCAGUUCCCACCUGGACCUAUCCUGAGGGAUUACUUAAGUGGUUCCAAGAUUGCAGCCAGAAAAAUUAAGAGGAGGAGCAAAUCAAUUGAAGGACUGGUGGAGUCUGUAAAGAGAAGAGUAGCUGACCUAAUGGUUGUACUGAAAUGCGUUGAAGAUUACAAGCUUGAAACUGUAUUCUCACCAGAUACCCUCAAGCAACAAAUAAAAGAUGUCGAAAGACAACUUUCAAUUAGGAAAACAAAGUUACCAAACCUGGGCAGCAAUUCUCCUCAGCCUAAUCUGAGUGAGAAGAAACGUUUGGCCCCAAAAGCUGCUGCUUCUGCCUCUGUCCUCGCAUCCAAACCUGUCUCUGCCACUAAACCUGCUCUCAAUUCCACGAUGGCUGCCUGUACUGCUACCUCAACUGCUCCCAUCACAGUCACCUCUCUUGCCCCAGCUACUUCCGCUAUUGCUAAUCCAGUCGUCCCUAUCAUUGUCACUUCUCCCUCCACAACAGCUGCAGCCGCUGUUACCCCAAUAGCAGUUGCCUCUCCCUCCAUUACCCGAAGUGCAGUUGUCUCCCCCUCCUCAAGCAGUGCGUCACCUUCUGGCUCAAUCCCCAAGACCGAACCACAAUACCAGGGUGGAAAUAAACGCUGUCAAGCGCAGUACCAGGGCAGUGAUAAGCACCCGCACCCUCAAGAACAACACCAGAGUGGAAAUAAGCGCCCUCGGAUUGCUAAAUCACCAGAGGUUCCUCUAAGAACACCAUCACUUCAAAACACUGGCUUUGCACAGUCGGUGCCUGUCCCUCAUCAGCGAACAGAAGGUCCUUUUAUAAAUCAAAAUCCAUCUGGCGGGCACUACAAUUGUCUUGGUUAUCGCCCACCUAACCCACAUAUGAGCUCCCAUUAUAAUUAUGGAUAUCCAUAUUAUCAUUAGAACACAUUUGGAAAGCCUGGCUAUGACAAUGCUGCCCCCUUUCAGCGGCCGUAGAUUGUUACGGGAAACUCUUGAUGACAUGGGGCUGGUUAAAGUGGGUGAAGAAUUCUUAAAAUCAUCACGGUAGUCAACAAACAGCUGAGUAAAGCUUGAAGCAAAUUAGCAAUUUAGUGACAAUUCCUUUUGGUAUUCUAGUAGCUUAUAGCUAGUUAACCUUAUAUUCUAGGACUUUGAUGCCUUUGCUCAAGAUUCCAACGUGCCAAGAACUUUUUGCAGGUGUGGUUCCACAUAAUGUUAAUAGUUAUUUUUUGCCUUGUAUGGUAGUCUUAUCUGCUGUACAGCUUGGUGUAUAUAAUCGACUUAAUGGUCUGGUUACCUUGGAGAUUUGGGAUAACAAAUGCAAGAGCCUGUCUUUUCUUGCUAUUGUUCUUCGGUUUUCAAAUUUUCAUGUCUUUUCUCCUUCGGUUCUCCAGGACAAUAUUACCCCAUCUGUCAGGAAUUAAUUCGAUAUUGUUUGAUCUA